GUAUCUAUACAGAGUACAUACGCGCUUAUGUAGUGGAUAUGGACGCACAUUCGUUUCUCACCCCCUUUGUACCCUUGGCGAAGCUUGAUAGAAUGAUCCCACUCCUUCAUCCGGUCGUUGGGCUGUAGCUACUCACUCUUUACUCCUAUCCAGAGUUGACUGACUCUGGGGUAUCUAGCUUCAGACCGGACAUACAUUGUGCAAUAUACAACCUGACAAAACAUACGGUCUUUACGUUAUCUUUCGUUCUAAUUUUUUUUAUUUUAUUUUUUUUAUUUUCUUAAUCUGAUAUACCAUAUUCACUCCUUUAUCCAUCGAUCCCGGAUCAGCCGCCAUCAUGACUGCCGAGGACAUUGAAUCAGAAUCAGCGCGUUUGGAUCCUACGUUACCGACUGUUGAGAAACCUGUACAACAUGAAAAUCAACCUAGAAAAGGUUUACAUCCGGCGUUUUUUAUCAUAGCAUGGAUUGCAUUGAGUUCGACAUUGAUUCUUUUUAAUAAGCAGGUGCUUGGAUAUGGACAUUUUGCAUACCCAAUUAUUCUAACAACAUGGCACCUCACUUUUGCCACGAUAAUGACCCAACUCCUCGCGCGCUUCACAUCACUUCUUGACGGCCGGAAACGAGUCAAAAUGACCGGCCGCGUAUAUCUUCGGGCCAUCGUGCCGAUAGGAUUGUUCUUCAGUCUGAGUUUGAUCUGCGGCAACGUGACAUAUCUAUAUUUGAGUGUGCCAUUUAUACAGAUGUUGAAGUCCACGACACCCGUCGUAAUCCUCUUUUGCACAUGGGUCUUCAAACUCGAACCCUACAACUUGCGACAACUCAUGAACGUCUGCGUAAUCGUCUUGGGAGUCAUGAUUGCCUGCUUCGGCGAAGUCGAUUUCGUCAUUAUCGGCGUAUUGUUCCAAAUCGGCGGAAUCGUGUUUGAAGCUAUUCGGCUGGUAAUGGUGCAACGGUUGCUGUCCUCGGAUGAAUUUAAGAUGGAUCCGUUGGUCUCGUUGUACUAUUUUGCGCCUGUCUGUGCGCUUAUGAAUGGUGCUGUUGCGGCGGCUGUGGAAUUGCCUAGGUUCAAGAUGGAGGAUGUUUGGCAUGUGGGUAUUUGGGUGCUUAUAUCCAACGCUGUAGUGGCGUUUGCGUUGAAUAUCUCUGUUGUGUUCCUUAUAAGCAAAACAUCCUCCCUCGUUAUGCGCCUCUGCGGUAUCCUCAAAGAUAUCCUAAUUGUCAUCUCAUCCCUCAUCCUCUGGCACACACCCAUGACUCCUCUCCAAGUCGGCGGAUACACACUCGCCCUCCUAGGUCUUAUAUACUAUAUGCUCGGCUACGAGCGGAUCGUCGGCUUCUCAGUCCGUACUGCCGGUGGACUGGUGGAUAGCUAUAGGGCUCGCAAGAAUAGAUUGAUUUCUGUCUUGUGUAUGUUCUUAUUGGGAUUUGUGGUUGUUUUGAGUCUUAUGGGAUUAUUAGCGGUCAAGUUUGCGCCGGAUAAAAUUGAGGAUUUGAAGAGUUGGAUUUAUUAUACGACUACCGGGGAUGAUACGAGGUAAUUUCUAUGAAGCUGCAAGAUUAUAUGUGAGAUAGGGUGGUUGUAGUGUUAUAUAUCCAUAGGUAUCAUGUAUAUUGAUUGCAUCCAUUCGGCGUC